AUGAAAUAGUCUCCUCAUCUUAAAUUGUAGAUUAUAAAAAUGCGUCCCAUAGUAUGUAACACUGAAUUGGCUUUUAUUAUUCCAAUUAAUGAGGAAAAAAAAGUUUCCAUGAGUAACAAAGUUAAUUCAUAUCUAGAACGUAAAAUGAAAACAAGUAAUGAAUAAGUUUAAAAUGUACGCUCUAGAUAUUAAGAACUUUAUUAUCAGCAAGAAUCCAACUUAGAAUAUUUGUAUGAUUAAUUAACGGAAAGAAUGGAAAAAUACUCUCUUUAAAAAUAAAAACAAUUAGCAAGCAAAGCUAAAUAAGCAGGUGAUUACAAUUUGAAAUGGAAAGAAAGACUUUAACAAUAAAAAUGGUUAGACAUUCAUAUGAGUAGGUUUGUCAGCUGA